AUGUCGUCAAAUACUCCGACUGUUGCCAUAAAUGAAAUAGAAAAAGAUGAUCCAUAUGCACUUGGAAUUGAUAAUGAAAAUCGAUGUUAUAAUGUAUUUGAUCUUAAUAUAAAAUGUUCAACGGAUGCAUUAAAAACAUUUCAUCGAUGUUCGGAUGCUAUUCUUGAACGUGAUCCUGAAUUAUAUAAUAUUUGGAUUGAUGAUCAUCGAUUUUAUUCACAUGCUAUUGUUGAAGUUAUUGAAAAUGAAUUAAGUUCAUUACAUCAUAAAUGUCUAUUUAGUAAUCUUAAACCAUUACAAGGUUUUCGAUGGCUUGAAGGUUUAUUACUUGUUAUUGGAAGUUAUUUUAAAUAUUUAAAUGAAUUAAAUGAUAGUGAUCGUUUAGAUGCUUUAUUAAAUUUAUUCUAUGCUGCUUGGAUUACAUUUUUUAUACAUAAUCGUUACGCUAUUUUAAAUCUUAGUUGUCCAUUACCACCACCAGAUGCGAAUAAUAAUAAUAAUGAAUGUAUCAUAGUGGAUAAUCAAGAGAAAAAAGUACCUAAUGUCAGUAAUGUACAAAAAACAGAAGAACAAAUAGCGCGUCAUCUUGAUAAACAUUUACCAAAUUUUGAUCGAAUACUUUAUGAAGUUAUUGAACUUGGCCAUCAACUAUCAUCGAAACGUUUACCAAAUCUUGAAAAAUUUGAAGAAUUUUAUCAAUUAUGGAAAAAUCCUUCAGCUUAUAAAAGAAAAUCAUCGGGAGAUUUUAGCUUAAUUAUUGAACGUAUAACAGGUGAUAUAGAUGUAACAUUGAAUUCAGAAGAAAUAAAUUAUUCUCCAACAAAAUCAAUAAAUUGGAAAAUGGUUUUUUAUGAUGAAUUUAUUCGUUAUGCAGAUCGAUUUUAUGUAACAAAAAAAAUAUCUUCUAGUAAACGACGUACAAUAGGUGGUGAACGAUUUUCUAUAAAUAAAUGGUCAUCGAACAAAAUAAACUAUUUUCAAACUAAAAAUAUAUUUAAAAGAAGUUCUAAUAGCGACUAUGAAAAACAAAUCGAACAAUUAUAUCAAUAA